AUGCCACGGAAAUACUACCUUAUAAAUGAAGACUUCACCGAAGAUGAGAUUGUAAUUUUCUGCCUGCAAUGCAAUAAGAAAAUUACUCGGAAUUUCGGUGUUUUUCAUCCCGACGUGAAGUAUGCAAAGAACGAAGAGGGAACGAAAGCUACAAGAUAUUCACAUUGUGAAUUGUGCAAAGGACAAGCGUAUGUCCCUUUGACGCCCGAAGAAUGGAGAGCUUUCGAGAAACAGGCUAUCAAAUGCGACGACGAGUAUUUUUCGUACCCACUUACAGUUUCGGAUUUCUGCAAAACUUUUUCGAUUGCAGACUGCUUUGGAUCACUGGUUACGAAACUUCGACAAAGAAGAAUGGCUGCGAGACAGAUCGACGAUGAAGAGAUGAAAAACUGCAUGAUUUGCCAUGGAGAAGAAGAACCAAUGACACACAGCCCCUGCAAACACUUCUACUGCACGAAAUGCUACGAGAAAAUCCGACGUGAAUUCAAAAGAUGCUCCUUCUGCAAUUUGCCGUUUGAGUACACCAACUUUAUGGACAUCGUUCAUGAAACUGGAAUCGAGUAA